AUGUUGCGCUCGCCGGUGUCGCCCGAGCGAUCCUCGUCUCGCUCACCUCUUCCUCCUCCUCCACUCUCACAGCCCCCUCGCCGCUCCUUCGACGACUUCUCCUACGCCCGCCCAGCUUCCUCAGGCAGUGAUGCCUCCUCGAUUACUUCCAAUGUGACCACCAUCUCGCCGCGUCACUCUGCCUUCAAUCCCGGUGCCGUGUCGGUGACCUCCUCUCCUCGUCCUCCACGUACCUCAUCCAUCACCGCCAACACCACCGCUCCUCCUCCCAUCUCGACCGCCACCACAAACACCAAUACCUCCUCUUCUUCUUCUUCUACCAUUCGAUCACCCGUCUCCUUCAUGCCUCAUGGUGAGAUUCUGAGCAGGAAACCGUCGGGUCGCGGUGGCCCGCCGGAACUGCAGAGACGCUCUCGUCACCACUCGCAGGGCUUCUUCGAGCCGUCCCUCCCCACGGCGUCCUCCUCCGAGGCUACCAUAUCCGCCUCCAGAAUCGCAGCCCAGGCGGCCAUGCUUCAGCAACAGCAGACUGCUCCCCAGAAUCCUCCCAAGCGUCCUCCCCCAGUGCGGGGUGUAUCCGAAGACGGUUCCCGGUCCCGACGAGGCGGGAGUGCUUCCCCUCCGCCCCCGCCGCCUCCAGCGCCGUUAUUUGCGCCCCCAACAAGCUCGGGAAGUGCGUCCGGGGCAUCAUAUCAGAGUGGGUCUACCAGUGGGAAUACACAUGCCGCAACGACGGCGGCAAAUGUAGUGUUUCCUCGCAAUCCGGCGCUGCAGCCGCCCGGGUUGGAGAUGCCCGUAGAGCGGGAGCACAAGCACAAGGGCGAGAAAUCGAAGAUGAAGCUGUUCUCGAAACCGAAACACAUUGGGAUAAGUCGGGAUAAAGACGGAAUUAGCAAGGACCGGGGCCUGCCGUCACCGAGUAAGAUGGGGUUUCCGAGCGGAGGGUUAUCACGGAUCGUGAGUGCGUCGACAACAAGCUUGGCUGAUACGUUUCCCUCGAAUAAUUCGUCUCUGUACAACUUGUCGAAUGCAUCGGCGAGUACGGUAGUUCCCGCCGAUAAGCCGGUGGGGAGCGAGAAGGAGAAAGAGAAGGAUAAGGAUAAGCACAAGCAUCACUUCUUGUCGCGGCAGAAGUUGAAGCUGAAAGACCGAGAUGAUCACUACAACCUGCCGCUUUCAUCCGCGUCGAGUAACUCUAAACCUUCGGAUCCGAACGCCCCUCAGUCAUUGUACUCGUUUACCCCAGCAUCGCCAGGUGCGGUGACGACUACGUUUGGGAAAAGUGUCAGCGGCUUGGACCUGCUCCAUGGGUUAAGAGAUAAGAAGAAGGAAGAGAAGGCGUUAGAGUCAGAACAGCUGGACUGGGUGGCUAACUCAUCGGGACCUGCGCCCGGUACGUUUGCAGGGCCGUCGUCGCUGGGCAGCUCCACGGGAGUUCUGGCGGAGGCAGCUCUCCGGGAGACCCUCCAGGGCUUUGGACUGAAUAACAUGACGCCGGAAGAUGCGUGGGACUUUCUCAAGGCCAAGCUCAUGGUCAUUUUUGACGGAGAGGAUGUUCGCAUCGCCAUCGAGGAUCUCAAUAAGCUAGUCCUCAUCCAUAUCCAGCGUUGCGUCCAGAAACGCAUGCCCACCGCAGUGGUAGACGACUUGCGCGAGCUGUUAGAGACAGGAUGCGCCUCCCUGAACCAUACGCUGAAUGGUAUUCCUGAUGAGAAGCUGGUCCCUCAUCUGGUACAGGUGUGGAUGCUCGUGUUUGGCACGAUCCUGCCAUUCAUUCAGGCUGUCUUCCUGCCCCUAGACCUAGAGUUCAAGGGAUGCGGGUCCGUGAUGAACCGACGAGAAGCCAGUGAGUUCUGGGCGUCUGCGUUCAACGGCGAGUACGCGGGCUGCGAGCUGGACGUGCGCAACCUGGUAUUGAUCGCCUUCCGCGACAUGGUCAUCCUGUACCGGUACGACGUGCUGAAGGCAACGUUUUCCCGUUUGAGUCUCGACAGCAUCAAGCUCGGCACGGCAGCGCUGAGCGUCACAACCAAGAGCAGCAGCAACAGCGGGCGGCCGACGACAUCGGCCUCGCUGGACGGCGGGUUCGGCAGCUACAGCUCGCAGUCGUCGACGCUCCUCAAUGCGGCCAACAGCUACUCAUCCGACUCACUAGACUGCAACCGCAGCCGGGCGGCGUCCAACACGUCAAACCCGGACCAGUUGAUCUUCCAAUCAAUCUCGUCACCCACGCAACGGCCCAGUAUCAUCCACCGGUCCUCGCACACGGACACGUCACACAUCAUUACCGAGACAGUGGGACGGAUGCUCCAGUGCGUCAGCGUGUUGGCCAGCGUGCAAACAGGCGAUCGAGCACAGGAGCAGAUCGAGAUCCUGAGCAAGGAGCUGAAGCACAACUGGCUAGGACGCGGACGCACGGGGCGAGACCGGCGUGGGUUCGUGGGGACGAAGAUCCGGCCGGCGAUUGUAGCACGCACAGACAGUGAUGAUUAUAUGAGGGAUGGAAUGGAGGAUUACGGGCGUCGGGAAUUAAGUGUGUUGUGA